UAGGAUCAAUGUCUGACACUUGAGGAGUGACUGAGAUAAGCGGUAAACAAUGUUUUAAGAACAGAAUUUCAGCUUUUGUUGCCUGAAACAUUUGUUUGGGACACUAACUCUUCAGCACAUGCUCAAAGUGUUGCCAAAGCCAAGUACGAGUUUCUUUUUGGAAAAGCACAGAAGACCACCUCUUCAGACAGUGUUUCAACAGUCAGCUCUCAGACCCAGCCAGAGGAGAGCAGCACAACUUCUGGUUUUGAUUCGGCCUUCCAAGAUGAUGACUUUGAUGAGACAUCACUGUUCUUAGAGAUAGACAGGGAGCUAGCUAACCUCCUGAGUGGCCUCACAGCAAGGAAUCAAAAUGCAGCACUGGACUCUAUGGCUGAACAAACAGGUACUGAGGCAGGAGAGAGCACCUCAGUCAUGAUCCCCUGUAACGGCCACAACGGGACCCCAUCAGACAUGGACAAGCAGAAUGGCUGCCCUGAAACCAGUCAGUCAGAAGAUCUUGGCCUACAGUUUAAUGCCUGGAUUCAAGAAACGCUUUCCAUUGGUUUGGUGGGAAAGGAGCUACACCAUGUGAGCCCUGGACUGGACUCAGAUGCUGGGAAUGCACCCUCCAGCCAAAAUAAAGCCACUGCAGGCCCAGUCCUCGCCACAGCUGCAUGCACAUCUGAAAUGGAGUCUGGGGCAGUGCCCUCCAGUGCGGAGCCAGAGCAGGCAGAGGCUGGCGGUCUAGGUGCAGAGUCUGCUUCCCUGCUGGAUGAGUCCUUGGAGGAGUCCAGUAAGAUCUUGGAAGAGAUUCCUGGCAUCUUCACGUCCUUCCUGGAUGGAGGGAAGACACAAGAGAGACCUCUGAAGAAGCUGCGCUUUGUGGAUAGCAGGGCAGAGACAGAAUCAGAGGAGGUGGUGGCUAAUGGAGUGGAACAGAGCAUGGAGUCACAGCUCAGCAGCUCUUUGAAGGCCGAUGACACUAAGGACAAUGUGAAAGACAUGGACAGACCUCCAUCAAGCACCACACAGGUUGAAACGCCAAGGGUUGUGCCUGAGCUGUGUGUGCAGAGCCCUGACAGUGAGGCUUCUGGACAGGACUCAGUCAGGUAA